AUGACCACAAUAAGGACUGUUAUAACGGUUGUUGCACUCAGAAAGUGGCCAAUCUACCAAAUAGAUGUACAUAAUGCAUUUUUAAAUGGUGACUUACAUGAAGAGGUUUACAUGACUAUAUCUCAGAGAUUUGGUAGACAGGGGGAGCAUAGGAUGACUUACUUAUUACAAGUAAUGAUCAAGAAGAUAUUAAUACAUCAAAAGCAGCUUUGCAUCAGAACUUCAAAACUGAAAGAUCUUGGAGAGUUGAGAUACUUUCUAGGAAUCGAAAUUGCUAUAUCAGCAAAAGGCAUUUUUAUGUCUCAAAGGAAGUAUGCUUUGGAGAUAAUCUUAGAGGCGGGACUCUCAGGAUCAAAACCCAAGAAGACUCCAAUGGAACAAAACUUAAAACUUAUAAGCACAGAAUUUGAUAAGAUUGUGAAUGAGAACACUGAUGACAGUGUCUUGGAGGACAGAAGUCUUUUUCAAAUACUGGUUGGUAAGCUUCUGUAUUUUACAAUCACAAGACCUGAUAUUGCAUAUGUAGUACAAAGUCUAAGCCAAUUUAUACAUGCUCCAAAAAAGUCUCAUUAUAAUGUUGCAUUAUAUGUUGUGAGGUACAUCAAGGAUCAGCCUGGACUUGGACUUCUCAUGUCAAGCAAUAGCGCAGAGAGAGUUCAGGGAUUCUGUAAUUCAGGUUGGGGAUCAUGUCCCAUGUCUAGGAAGUCAAUUACAAGGUUUUGUAUCAAGUUGGGGAGUUCUCUCAUAUCAUGGAAGGCAAAAAAGCAGGCUACUAUCUCGAGGAGCUUAGCUGAAGCUGAGUACAGAAGUAUGGCACAUACAGUGGCAAAGUUGACAUGGUUGAAUGGUUUACUGAAGGAACUAACAGUAGAUAUUAAAGAGCCUAUGGAGUUAUAUUGUGAUAACAAAGCUGCCUUACGAAUUGCUGCAAAUCUCAUCUACCAUGAAAGAACAAAACACACAAAAAUUGAUUGUCAUUUCAUAAGGGAGAAGAUUCAAGAUGGGUUAAUCAAGAUCGCGCACAUAGGAAGUAAUGAGCAACCAGCUGACAUUUUGACAAAGGCUUUGGGACACCAACAGCACGCGGUUCUGGUAUCCAAGUUGGGAAUGAAAAACAUUUUCCAUUCUCAACUUGAGGGGAAUAUAGAACUUAUUAGCUUAAUAUAG